AUGAACUGCCGGUCCAUUGUGCUGGCUCCUACCGUGAGGAUCCACGGCGCGACGUUCUCCACCGUUUCCCAACUGGGACCCGAGUUGCCGCCGGAGCACACCACGGUGAUCCCGUUUUUCACGGCGUGGAACGACCCGAUGGCCAGCCCAUCCCUAAUGUAGUCACCGGCUGUAUGGCCAAGAGAUACCGAGAGCACGUCUACACCGUCUUCGAUAGCUUGGUCAAAGGCGGCCAGGACGUCGGCACCGAAGCAGUCUCCACUCUCUGUGGGGCCCCAGCACACCUUGUAGGCCGCCACCCGGGCGCUGGGCGCCCCACCCUUGGCCGUACCGUUCCCGAAGCCGAAGAGACUGGCGUCAGGCACGAACCGGCCAGCGGCGGUGGCAAGGGUGUGGGUGCCGUGGCCGGCAGAGUCGCGGGAGGUGAUCUGGCUGGCAGUUAA